AUGGCGACCUCUUCCUCAUCACAAGUAUUCCUGGCUGCCAAUACAGAAUUAUCUGCUGUCAUGUUUCAGAAACUGUCCAACCAGAAUGACUGUUUAUGGUCGCUGAUUGUCCUCUUUGCAGGGCCUGUUGCUGGCGUUCUGGGAACGGACCCACAAACCCCCGGGGAUCUUAUUAUAUAUGCUCUGGAGGAUCUGAAAGGAUGUGACUUCAAGAGAUUUAGGAACAAAAUGUCUGAUUUCACCUAUGGAGAUAAACUUCCCAUUCCCCGAGGAAAACUAGAAAAUGCAGACUGGAUCACCACCAAGGACAUCCUGAUAGACACAUAUGGAGAAGAAGGGGCUCUUGAUGUCAUGAUCAAAGUCUUUACACUGAUCAGUCUUAUGCGACCCGCACAUGACCUCCAGGAGAGGAGAGCACUUAAUGCCAAACUAAAGAAGUUGACACACGACAACAUAAAAAAAGUCUUCAGAAAGAAAUACAGAGAGUUUAUGAAAGAGAUCUUUCAGAGGAUUAAAGAAUAUAAUUCCUGUAUGGGGGAGGCUGUUCAUCUACAGAAAAGAUACACCAAGUUAUUCAUGAGAAAGGGAACCCGGAAUAAAGAGGAAAAAGAGCAAGAAAUAAGGACUUCAGGCAGAAGCCUUCUACAGACCACGGAGAAAAGAUCUUCUGAUGAAUACUCCCCAACCACAAUCCAGGCCCUCUUUGACCCUGAUGAAGACGGUUUCAUCCCAAAGAUUGUGGUGUUACAAGGACCUGCUGGGAUUGGAAAAACAAUGACCUCCAAGAAGAUCAUGCUGGACUGGGCCUCUGGGGAUCUCUACAAAGACGAGUUUGACUUUGUGUUUUAUCUGAGCUGUAGAGAAAUCAACACUAUCCCUGGAAACAUAAGUCUUGUGGGACUUUUAUCCAGAGCUUGUAGACUGCAGAGUUCAGAUGACCUGGUGUCUAUUCUGAAGGAUCCUGAAAGUCAUAGAGGACUUCUCUUUCUAGUUGAUGGGUUUGAUGAACUGAGGUGGACUCUGGAGGAGAAAUCUGAGGUUUGUCUUGACAUUUCUAUGGAAACCCACAAAGAAAUAAUUCUCCAAAGGUUGCUCAGGAAACAGGUUCUCCCAGAAUCCUCUCUGAUCAUCACCACAAGGUCACUGGCCAUGGAGAAACUGAACAUGUUCAUCGAUGAUUCUCGAAAUGUGGAAAUCCAGGGAUUUACAAGGGAAGAUAGAGAGGAAUAUGUCCAUAAAUUCUAUGGAUAUAAAGAAGAUGCAGACAAAGUUCUCAGUAUAAUAAAAGGCAAUGACGUUCUGUACACCAUGUGUGCCGUCCCCAUCACAUGCUGGAUUGUCUGCACUGUAAUGAAACAAGAAAUAAAAAAAGAUUUGGGUUUAAUUCGGUGUAAUACGAUGACUUCAAUUUACCUUCUCUACCUGGAGGUUUUACUAACCCAUCACAGCAAGAAGGAGUCGUCUGUACCCAGGAAACAAACCUGUCUGAAGAAGCUGUGUGCUCUGGCCAAUCAGGGAGUUCUGACCCAACAAAUCUUAUUUGAGAAGAAAGAUCUGAAAAGACAUGGACUUUCUCUGGAUGAGGUGGAGUCUGUAUUUCUGAAUGAGAACAUCUUUCAUUGGGACGUCCGAACCCAGACCUGCUACAGCUUCAUCCACCUGAGUGUACAGGAGUUCCUUGCGGCUCUCUAUUAUGUGCUGGAUGAUUGGUUUGGAUUUAUGAAACUUACUUUCCUCCCAAAGAUCUGUAAAGGGGAAUCACUCUUUGGCUUCAGUUCAGAAUACCCUCAUUUAGCAUUAACUGUACAAUUCCUGUUUGGUCUCUUAAAUGAAAAUCAGGUGAAGACAUUCUCAGAGAGCACAGGAAUCAACAUUUCACUCCGAGCCAAACCUGCAAUGAGAAAAUGGGCCAUGAAGGACAUCAAUGAGACCUUCUAUACUCAUACCAUCUUCUGUCUGUAUGAGACUCAGGAUGAGGACUUCAUUAGGGGUGUCCUGUCUGGUUGUUCAAGUCUGGAGCUGUUUGGCUCACAUACUGGUCACUUGUGGAUGGACAGUAAUUAUUCCAAGCAGUUCAGCUAUUGCUUGAAGACUUUGAAGAGUAAAAGUUUUCAGUCUUUAUAUUUUUAUUCACUCACUCUGGAUCCAGAGUGCCAGAAAAUUAUAUCUCCAUUACUACAGAGGUGUCAGAAGGUCAGAUUUCGAUUUUGUACUAUUUCCAGUAAAGAUGAAGAAGGGUCCUCCUCUUCAGAUGAUAUCAUGAAACCUGCUAACCUUUCCUGGCUGAUUAACCCGGACAGUAAAAUUCAGGAAUUACAGUUGUAUAAAUGUGGCUUGACUUCCUCAUGCUGUGAUGAUUUCCGUUCCAUUCUUAUUACUAAUCGAUCUCUCAUCAGACUGGAUUUAUCAUAUAAUGAUCUGCAGGACUCAGGGAUAAAACUUCUAUGUGAGGGACUCAGUCAUCCUGGCUGUACUCUGCAGGAGCUGAGUAUUGUUAGGUGUAAUAUGACUUUAUCAUGCUGUGAUGAUCUUUGCUCAGUUAUCACCACAAACCAAACUCUGACCAGACUGGAGAUAAUAUUAAAUGAUGAGAAGAUGGCGGACUCAGAAGUGGAUCGUUGUUGUGAGGUCCCCCGUCAUGCGGGAUUCACUGUGGAGAGAUGGGGUGAAGGUUGGAUUAAAAUUCUUUAUAGAAGAAGAAUAGGAAAUGGUCCUGGUGAAGCCUUCUCCUCCUCUGCAGAUGAUGAUGAUGAUUCCACCGACUGAUAUCUACUGAAUAUUAUUCCAUAAUGAUCUGAGUGGAGAUCUGUCCUUCCUCUGAUUCCUCAAUUUUAUAUUGUAUUGUUACUCCUUAAAGUGGAGGUUCACUCAAAAAAUACAUUUUUAACAUUA